AUGUCCACCGCCAAGCAUCAAGAUGGUGCCACACAGCAGCCCCUAGACCCAACGGUAAGGGCAGAAGCCAUUGCUCAGCACUUCGAUGUGUCUUCUGAGAUCUUAUCAAGAGGCACUGAACAUUUUGUCAAGCAACUUGGAGACGGCCUCUUACAAGAUGGCACGACACUGCUUCAAGUUCCGUCAUAUGUUACCAAGUUACCCAAUGGAUCGGAGAAGGGUGUUUCUCUCGCAAUUGAUCUGGGUGGAACCAACCUGAGAGUUUGCUCUGUCGAAUUGCAUGGCGAUUCCACUCAUACUCUUACUCAGUCCAAGACCGCAAUCCCCGCCGACUUGAUGACGUCGAAGACGUACAAAAGCCUCUUCGAUUUCAUUGCAAGGCACACCGAGACGUUCAUGCAGAAGCACAUGCCCAAGCAGCUAGCUUCCUGGAGGCGGAUUAUUAUGGAUGGCAAAGUUACUGAUGAACUUCGACGACAACACCUUCAUUCCCUGGGAUUUACGUUCAGCUUCACUUUCGACCAACAUGCCAUCAACAAAGGCACGCUGAUGUACUGGACCAAGGCUUUCAGCAUAGAAGAUGCUAUCGGGCGCGACCCGUGUGCUAUGCUGCAAGAAUCUCUCGACAGUCUUCACCUCCCGCUUGAAGUAGCAGCUCUUGUCAACGACACGGUAGGGACGUUGGCCGCUCGUGCAUAUGCCUCGCCUGGCCAUUCGGAGACUUUACUGGGUGCCAUUUUCGGCACAGGAACGAAUGGCGCCUAUGUGGAAAGAAUUCAAAAUAUCAAAAAGCUGCAUGCACAACCAGAAUUCUCAAAGGCUGACUCGGCGGAGUUCAUGGCGCUCAACACAGAAUGGGGCGGGUUCGACAACGAGCUGUCGGUUCUGCCCAUUACCAUUUAUGACGAAGCUCUUGAUGGCGCCUCAGUGAACCCCGACGAUCAACACUUCGAGAAACGCAUCUCGGGACUCUACUUAGGGGAGAUCCUUCGAAGGGUUGUACUGAUAGAGAUGCAAUCUACCACGCCAAUUUUCAAGAUGACGGUGCCUUUGACAUCCAGUCUACACUUACCGUACUCAAUCGACAGCUCGUUUCUAUCUGCCCUCGUUCGGGACCAAAGCCCAGGUCUUGAGAGCGCCCAGGAGGAGAUAGUGGAGAUUCUCGACGCCAGUCAAGUCUCUGUAAAGGAUGCUGCGGCGCUACAGAUUAUCGCAGCAUCAAUCGGACGGAGGGCUGCAAGGCUAUCUGCGAUUGCUAUCGCCGGCAUCGUGGUCCAAUCAGGCCGACUAAACAACAGGCCAGAAAAGGCCGACGUCGCUAAACGACCGGUUGCACGAAAGUCCCUUCUUGCGCGUCUCUUAUCGAGUUUCCACAGAGCCCACAGUGCGUUCGUCCGCUGUGUUCGCCGUUGGCUCGUCAAAAGCAAGGAUGAACCCAAAGCCACCGACGAGGAGGUAUCAGACUCGGGCUAUGCCAGUUCCGUUGACCAGGAUGAACCGUCACAAGAGGAGGGCAUUAUUGACAUUGGGGUUGACGGAUCGCUAUUUGAGUUCUUCCCAGGCUUUGAAGCUCAUAUUCGAACUGCGUUGAAGGAAAUUCCGGCAAUCGGAAUAGAAGGCGAGAAGCUCAUACGAAUGGGCGCCGCGGCAGAUGGGAGCGGUGUGGGAGCAGCAUUGAUCGCAUGGGCAUCCACGAAGUCGUGA